AUGAGUGUUGGAGCUCCCACUACUUGUAAAGAAGCUAUCAAAAAAUGGGAAGAACAGACGGGGAAAUCUUGUGGCGAAGCAAAAGAAGUCACUCUAUCAUUUCAAUGGCCUCCAAUCGAAAGGAUGGACAAUAGUUUGUCAAUCCUAAUUAACGUCGAGAAAUUGUCCCUGUCAACUAAUAUGAUUGAGAAAAUAGCUGGUCUUGAGGCCCUCCGGAAUUUGAAAAUUCUGUCCUUGGGAAGGAAUUAUAUAAAGACUUUUGCAGGACUGGAACCUGUUGGGGGACAUUUGGAACAAUUAUGGAUUUCUUACAAUCUCAUUGAGAAAAUCAAAGGUGUCAAUGUAUUUAAAGCUCUGAAAGUCCUCUACAUGGGGAAUAAUCUCGUAAAAGACUGGGCUGAAUUCAAUCGGCUCCAAGAUAUACCAAAAUUAGAAGAACUCAUUUUAAUAAAUAAUCCCAUUUGUGAAAAUUUGGACGCGGAGUCCUGGAGGGCUCAAGUCACUAGACGCCUUCCAAAAUUAAAAAAAUUGGAUGGUGUUCCCAUUGUCCGUCUCGAAUAAUUGACAAUAACCAACAGAAUUCAG